UCGCCGGAAUUAGCCGGCGGCGCGCAGUAGACACGCGGCAGUCGACACGCCCAGACCGCUCCUGGCGCCUCGCUUCUCUCGUAGGUUCCUGCAGACGUGUCUCGUUCGCCAGUCGCUGCCUCGAGCAACGAGAAUUUUUAAUUUUCUUUGAGGACUGGAGGAGCGGUUCGCCAGGUGGAGGGGACGGCAUGUUCUCGCUGAGGCUGCCUCGCCUGAGGGUGCGCCACAAGCGACGCAGCUGCGGCUCAGCGCUGCAGCCCGGCGGCGGCGAGCAGGCCCUGGGCUCCAACUCGCCAUGUGAAACAUCUGAUGGGGUGCUGAAAAAGGUCAUCCAAGUGACACUUCAGCAAGAAGAUGGUAGUUUUGGGUUCGCCUUUCGAGGUGGAGUACAUGCCGACCCCAGAUUUUCCCGGCCUUUCGUCGUCACAUACGUUCGGCCGGGUGGACCUGCGGACAGGGAGGGUACACUUCGUCCCGGAGACCUGCUGAUGGCGGUGGAUGGCAUGCCACUCUCUGGAGCAACUCUGGAGGAGGCGCAGACACUGCUCAAUGGCUCCGCCAGAACUGUGACCACGCUGGUCGUGCAGUACAACGUGAGCGUGCUUGCUGCGGUGCUGCAGGCUACAGGCCCGCUCUACGUGGAGGUUGAGCGACCUCUGAACCACGAGCUCGGAGUCAAGCUGCGGGUGGAGUCAGGCAGUUUGAGCGACACCAUCGUCAUAGAGUCGGUGCGGCCGGGCAGCACCGCAGACAGGUGCGGUGCGCUGCACGUCGGGGACACACUGCUAGCUGUGGGAGACACGUCUCUGGAGGACAACAAGCUGACAGCAGGCGAGCUCACGGUGCUGCUGCACGCUUCCAGCCUCAUCACACUCCACAUACUGCCGUACACCUGCCAGCCCUGCCAGCCGGCAGGUUUGCUCCAGUGCGACAGUCCCAGCCUCACCUCGUCAGGUGUGAGCACAAUCAGCCCGCCUCCGGAGCCAGCGCAGAACAGUGCCUUCCACAGGCACCAGCCUGAAGGAGAGCCAGCCUGCCUCAGCACAGUGGUUCUGACUGUGGAGUUGCGCAGGGACGGAGGUCCACUGGGCCUCACCAUCACAGGCUCCGAGGAGCCCUUCGAGCCCAUCGUCAUAUCAGGCCUGAAGCCAGGGGGUGUCGCUGACAUGUGCAGUAGCUUGCAGCUAGGAGACCAGCUGCUUGCUGUAAAUGGAAUAUCUGUCCAAGGGAAGCCUUUGUCUGAGGCUGUUUUGCUGCUUCAGAACUUUGCCGAUAAAGUUACCCUGAAUAUUUCAAGGACAUUGCGAAGCAGCAUGCAGGGCGAAGACCGGCCUUGUCUCCAGCCAUCGCCCGGAGCCCCGACACUGUGUCAGCAAGCCGUCACCAGGCUGCUGAGAGAGUCGAGCCGGCCGCACUCUCGCCUGCAGCAAGUCGAGCUGCACCAGAUUAUACUGUACAAAGAUCCAGUGUACGAAGACUUCGGGUUCAGCGUGUCGGAUGGCCUGUAUGAACGAGGCGUGUUCAUCAACAGGAUAAGAAAGGGUGGACCUGCAGACAUCACCAACAACCUGAAGCCUUAUGACAGGAUAAUUCAGGUGAAUGAUUCCCAGACCUUGGACUACGAUUGUUGUAUGACCGUGCCACUGAUAGCGUCUGCAGGAGACAAGCUCAAUCUCGUUAUCACGCGUCGACUCGACUCGCACACUGAAGAGUCUGAAAGUGAUCAGCAGGAAAAAAACAAAUGUCUGCCCUGGUUACAAGAAGAGUUUGAUGAGAACAUUGUUUACACAGACGACAAAUUAUAUCAUGUAUACUCUUCUGACAUUGUUACUCAACCUGUAUGAUCAAAAUAUUUGUUUUAGGCAUGUUAACGAAAUGUAUAGUACAUUUAAAAGGAAUGAAACUUAUUCAGAAGUAUAGAAACAAGAGUGAAUGAACGUACCUACCUCAAAUUGUAAUUAAUUUAUAAAUAAAAACUAUGUCUUUGA